AUGGCGGCGGCGGCGGCGGCGGCAGCAGCAGCGGGGGCUGCGGGCGGUCGGGGCUCCGGGCCGGGGCGGCGGCGCCAUCUUGUGCCCGGGGCCGGUGGGGAGGCCGGGGAGGGGGCCCCGGGGGGCGCAGGGGACUACGGGAACGGCCUGGAGUCUGAGGAACUGGAGCCUGAGGAGCUGCUGCUGGAGCCCGAGCCGGAGCCCGAGCCCGAAGAGGAGCCGCCCCGGCCCCGCGCCCCCCCGGGAGCUCCGGGCCCUGGGCCUGGCUCGGGAGCCCCCGGCAGCCAGGAGGAGGAGGAGGAGCCGGGACUGGUCGAGGGUGACCCGGGGGACGGCGCCAUUGAGGACCCGGAGCUGGAAGCGAUCAAAGCUCGAGUCAGGGAGAUGGAGGAAGAAGCCGAGAAGCUAAAGGAGCUACAGAACGAGGUAGAGAAACAGAUGAAUAUGAGUCCACCUCCAGGCAAUGCUGGCCCAGUGAUCAUGUCCAUUGAAGAGAAGAUGGAGGCUGAUGCCCGUUCCAUUUAUGUUGGCAAUGUGGACUAUGGUGCAACAGCAGAAGAGCUGGAAGCACACUUUCAUGGUUGUGGUUCAGUCAACCGUGUUACCAUACUUUGUGACAAAUUUAGUGGCCAUCCUAAAGGGUUUGCAUAUAUAGAGUUCUCAGACAAAGAGUCAGUGAGGACUUCCUUGGCCUUAGAUGAGUCCCUAUUUAGAGGAAGACAAAUCAAGGUGAUCCCAAAACGAACCAACAGACCAGGCAUCAGCACAACAGACCGGGGUUUCCCACGAGCCCGAUACCGUGCCCGGACCACCAACUACAACAGUUCCCGCUCUCGAUUCUACAGUGGUUUUAACAGCAGGCCCCGGGGUCGCGUCUACAGGGGCCGGGCUAGAGCGACAUCAUGGUAUUCCCCUUACUAAAAAAAGUGUGUAUUAGGAGGAGAGAGAGGAAAAAAAGAGGAAAGAAGGAAAAAAAAAAAAGAAUUAAAAAAAAAAAAAAGAAAAACAGAAGAUGACCUU